AUGACUCAAGCUAAAGCGUGCUCUGCGAGUCUCAGCACUAUGUCUGAAUACUCCGAGCCAAGCCGUUUUUUGCAGCAGGGAGAUUUUCAACUUGGCAAUGGCCUUGAUGAUAGUGUCGACAUCAAUGGUUUCGACCCUGCCAACUUCAAUCUUGACUUUGACAAUGCGAGCUAUGGGCAUCCACAGGCUGGUCUGUCAUACGGGGAACACCAAUCGCGGUAUGAGCCGAACGAGAUUGUGGAAGCCCAAGGAGAAGUUUCAAGUCUCCAAAACACCAUCCCAGACAAUGACUCUUCCAGCUACCGUCAACGGCAAGGCGGUCUGACGAGUGUGUCUCAGCAUCAUCUGUUCGAGCCCAACGAACUCGGGGAAGGUCAAGAAAAGAUAACACAACUUCAAGACAUGAAUCCAGCAAGCGACACGUCCAACUUUGGCCAACAACAAGUCGGUCUGACAAGUGGGGAUGAUGAACAACAGUUCCAAUUCCAAUCUGACGUGUUCUCUUCAGAAGAGUGGAAGAACCCCGAGGCUCAUGCCGCCAACGGAGACCUUUCGGAUUUUCCAGACACUGUGGCACAGGACGAACAUCAGACAAAGAAAGAUGAUCACGAGCACACGAGCCCCAUCUACCACACGCCAAUUCCACAAGGAGAUUUCGACACAUAUGCGGCUAGUUCCCACUUACAUUCUGUCGAGAAUGGAGAAAGAUCAGUAGUCAAUACAUCAGGCAUUGACUCUGCUUAUGGCACACUCAAUCCUUCCCCACAAUCUACAUCUGGACUUUCCUCGGGAACACCUUACCAAAUGGAAAGCACUGUGCAGCAAUAUGGUUCCGGCAACACCCAUGGUCGUGAGGACUCCAUGUACUCUAGCCAACAACCCAACACAUACCAUGAAGGCGCGGAGGAGGCCGAUACGGAGGUGACAGAGAACGACCCGAAAUUCAACCCUGCAGAUGAUCUAAACUACUACCGGAUAGAUCUUGACACGGGCGUAAUAGAGAGUCGGCGUAGGCGAGGAUGGGGUCGUACCGGGACGAGAAACGGUGCCGAAGUCUGGUUCAACCCGGAGACUGAGCAAUGGCAGGAGUCCGCUUCACACCAUAGCUAUAGGGAGAUUCUGAUCGCGCGAGCCCAGGCUGAGCAUCCGGAUAAGGAAUAUCUGCAUCCUGAUCCCACCGAUGGGUUGCCACAUAGCGAGACGGCUUUCUAUCUCCCACAUCAGAACUUGGGUCCGAACCGUGAUGACUGCCCAGACGAAUGUUUCGUUUGGCCCAAAGACAAGCCAGAGGGCGACCCAGAUGAUAAGGAGGCUGGGGACAAGGGCCAAGCGAAGAAGAAGCGCAAGCCUAACCCCCGGCCAAAUCCCGGAUUCUGGUUUGAGGACAACAAGAUUCUGUUGGACCCUCACAACAAUCCUGUCAAGAAGCACCUGGACAUGCCACUCACGCUCUCGGCUGAGACAGAAGGGUACAAGUUGCAAGUGAUGCGACUUAGAAACACGAGCAUAUCGCAGAAAGAUGAGUGGGCCAGAAUGCCAAGGUGGAUCAGAAAGAAAAAGCCGAAGACGUAUGAUCUGAUCACCAAAUACAUCGGAAGUCCUAACACGCACGUAAACAUGCCUUCGCAGCGCUUCCGAGACGAGAAAGGCACAGUGGCAGGGAACAUACGUCAAGGCACCGACAAGAUUAGGAAAGGGCUGAAGGCAUUUUUCGCUGAAAACGGAUUUGAUCCUUCCCUGACCGGCUCCACGAGAGGGUUCGCGAGGGACCUGUUCCCAUGGGAGCAGGACUCAGUGAAGCUAGGAAACACUGGAAAGCACGGAAUGAGGGCGGGGGAGUCGCGAGCACUGGAUGAGGAGACUCGGAAUAAGAACUUGCAAAAGACACUAAGGAAGAUCGAGAAAGGCAAGGAGAAGGCUGAAGCAGAUGCAGGGAAGGCCAGCAGUGCGUUCGGAAAGCGUCCUCGUGAGGACGAGGAUGGUUAUGAUCAAGACUCGAAUCCUGCUCAACGGAAGAGCAAGUCUGGAGGUCGCUCGCGAAAUGGUCAUAGAAAGCCGGCGUCUUCGCAACCACAGCGCUAUGGCACGUUUGGUGCCGCAUCGACGCCGUACCAGAACACGAGUACUUUGGAGGCUGGAGGCCGCUCGUACAGUGGCACAUAUGGUACAGCCCCGUCACCGUAUCAAAACAUCAACGUCUCCGCAGGAAACCAGCAGGCGCAUUCUCUGGGCAACAAUCAUUUUGCGGAGAACCAAAGGGUACCAUACUAUCAGGGCAUCGGGCUGGAGACUGAUACCCGCUUGGACCAAUUGCAGCAGGAAUGCAGAGGGCAGAUGUGGUCAGCACAAGGCUCUAUCGGGCAAAACAACUACCGGGGGUUGCAGUAUCAGCCACAGCAUAAUCCAUCCCCUGACUAUACCUACAACAUUCAAGACGGUCCACCUGUUCAGCACCAAGGGUUCAUCAAUGGCACGAAUGGUGCUCCGAAGCAUGAAGGAGACACUUUGGGUCAAGGCGGUCGCAGAUUGUAUCAAGCGCCCAAACAGAUUCUGGGAAGACGUGGGCGCGAAGAUUCAGACGAAGUUGACCAGAAUAUAUAUACGAGGAAAAAGGAGGCCGCAGGAGUGGGAAGAUCAGCCCAUAAUGCCCAAUACGGUUAUGUCGAGUCUGGAAAUCCGGUGAUCCAAAACCAGACUCAGGAGGAGCGAGGCGCGGAAAUUUCACCGUCGGAACAGCAGCAGAUUGGCCAACUACAGAAUAUGGGAUACCAGGCCGGCCAAUUUGAGUCCAGCGUCCAAGCGGAUAGAGAUUCAGAAAAUGGCGCCCCCGUCCAAGCGACAACGCAAAGACGGAAAAUCCUGGUAUAG